AUGCUCAAUUACCAAGAGACCAGAUUGGUCAAAGACACGAUCCCAGCCCUGCAGCAGCACGGCGAGCACAUAGCGACGGUUUUCUACAAGACGAUGUUACGCGACCACCCCGAGCUCCACAACUACUUCAACACCGUGAACAUGCACACGGGCAAGCAGCCGCACGCCCUGACCCAGCUGAUCCUCGCCUUCGCCUCCAACAUCGUCAACAUCAGCGAGCUGGUCCCCAAGCUCGAGCGCGUCGCCCAGAAGCACGCCUCCCUGAACAUCCAGCCCGACCACUACGAGAUCGUCGGCAAGUACCUGCUGCGCGCCUUCUCCGCCGUGCUCGGCCCCGCCAUGACCCCCGACGUGAAGAUGGCCUGGACGAAGGCCUACUGGGUGAUGGCGAAGAUGCUGACGGGCCGCGAGGCGCACCUGUACCGCGCCUUCGAGGCCUGGAAGGGCUGGCGCAAGUUCAUGAUCUACCGCAAAACGAACGAGACCGUCGGCGGCAACAUCGUCUCCUUCACGCUGAAGCCCGUCGACGGCAAGCCGCUGCCGACCUUCCUCCCCGGCCAGUACAUCACGCUGCGGAUCACGGUGCCCGGGAUGAAGUUCGUGCAGCUGCGGCAGUACUCGCUCAGCGACGCGCCGAGCCACGCGCACUACCGGAUCACGGUGAAGCGGGACCAGGGGACGAACCCGGACUACGGGCGGGGCGACGACGCCAUGACCGUGUCCUCCGCGGCGAGCAGCGCCUCCGACAGCAGCAUCGGCAGCAUCCAGCCGUACAAGGUGGGCGUCGUGUCGAACUCGCUGAUCGACGAGUUCCACGAGGGCGACACCAUCGAGCUGACGCACCCGGCCGGCUCCUUCUCGCUCAACACCGACAUGGACAACAACUCGAUGCCCCUGGUCCUGAUCUCCGCCGGCGUGUGCGUCGCCCCUCUGCUCUCGAUGCUCAACACCGUUGUCGAGCGGCGCAUCACGCGGCCCGUCUCCUGGAUCCAGGCCUCGCGGCACGACGCGCCCUUCCAGGCACACGUCGAGAAGAUGGCCCGCAACCACCCGAACAUGCGCACCAAGUUCUUCAAGUCCCGCCUCUCCGACAGCGAUGUGCUGUCGUACACCUCGUCGUUCGACAAUGACUUCCUGUCGCUGACGGCCGAGGAUCUGUACUUGGCACACAGCUCGGCCGAGUACUACAUUUGCGGGCCGGAGAAGUUCAUGCUGCAGGCGGCGAGCCACUUGCGCAGGAGCGGCGUUAAGCCCGAGAGGGUGCAGUUUGAGAUUUUCUCGGUGGGCAGCUUUGAGAUGAGGCCGGAUUAUUGA